UAUUUCCUGUACAGAGGCCUGGACUUUCUGCCACUUCAGGGCCCAGCCCCCCGCAACAGAAGAGGGGACAGAGGGGGCUUGGUGAAAUACCCUGAAAUCUCCCCCCUCUGAUGCUGCAGCCAGGCCCUGGGGCUGGGGCCUGGCUGGAUGGGAGCCCAGGCCGCAGGCUGGCUGGGAGCUACCUCUCACACUGGCUCUCCCCACGUCUUGCAGCCUGUGGCAUCCGGGGGCACCAUGGCCCAGGCCCUGGGGGAGGACCUGGUGCAGCCUUGCGAGCUGCAGGAUGACUCCAGUUCUUUGGGGUCUGACUCAGAGCUGAGUGGGCCCGGCCCAUACCGCCAGGCUGACCGCUAUGGCUUCAUUGGGGGCAGCUCGGCAGAGCCAGGACCAGGUCACCCUCCUGCAGACCUUAUCCGCCAGCGGGAGAUGAAGUGGGUGGAGAUGACCUCACACUGGGAGAAAACCAUGUCUCGGCGGUACAAGAAGGUAAAGAUGCAGUGCCGGAAAGGCAUCCCCUCAGCCCUGCGGGCCCGCUGCUGGCCCCUGUUGUGCGGGGCCCAUGUGUGUCAGAAGAACAGCCCUGGCACCUAUCAGGAACUGGCUGAGGCCCCUGGAGACCCACAGUGGAUGGAGACCAUAGGCAGGGACUUGCACCGCCAGUUCCCUCUGCACGAGAUGUUUGUGUCACCCCAGGGUCACGGGCAGCAGGGGCUCCUGCAAGUGCUCAAGGCCUACACCCUGUAUCGGCCUGAACAGGGCUACUGCCAGGCCCAGGGCCCUGUGGCGGCUGUGCUGCUCAUGCAUCUGCCCCCGGAGGAGGCCUUCUGGUGCCUGGUACAGAUCUGCGAGGUCUACCUCCCCGGCUACUAUGGGCCUCACAUGGAGGCCGUGCAGCUGGAUGCUGAGGUGUUCACGGCCCUGCUGCGGCGGCUGCUCCCGCGUGUGCACAAGCACCUGCAGCAGGUGGGCGUCGGGCCCCUGCUCUACCUGCCCGAGUGGUUCCUGUGCCUCUUCGCCCGCUCCCUGCCCUUCCCCACCGUUCUGCGUGUCUGGGACGCCUUCCUCAGCGAGGGCGUGAAGGUGCUGUUCCGUGUGGGACUGACGCUGGUGCGCCUGGCCCUGGGCACCACAGAGCAGCGCCUGGCCUGCCCGGGCCUCCUGGAGACGCUUGGUGCCCUUCGAACCAUCUCCCCGGCCCAGCUGCAGGAGGAGGUCUUCAUGUCCCAGGUGCACAGUGUGGCCCUGUCCGAGCACGACCUGCAGCGGCAGAUCAGAGCCCAGCUGGCCCAGCUGCCCGAGUCGGCGUCCGGGCCACCCCCACGGCCGCAGGCCCGCCUGCCCGGGGCCCAAGCCAUCUUUGAGGCCCAGCAGCUGGCAGGGGCGCGGGGAAGCACCAGGCCUGAGGUGCCCCGGAUCGUGGUGCAGCCCCCAGAGGAGCCCAGGCCGCCCCGGCGCAAACCCCAGACCCGAGGCAAGACUUUCCACGGGCUCCUGACUCGGUCCAGGGGUCCUCCUAUCGAGGGCCCCCCCAGGUCCCAUCGAGGCUCCACCUCCUUCUUGGACACCCGAUUCUGAAGGUCCUGCUUCUGAAGGGGCGUGGACUCAGUGGCCCCCAACCCCAAUUGCCUGAAGGGCUGAUGCCAGCCUCACAAAUGGGCACUGCACUUUAAGGCUGGGAUGUGGUGACUCAACUCCCUUCGCACGGACUGUGUCAGGCACAAGGAUGAAGGAAGGAGUGGGAUUUGGGGGACCCAGACCGGCCAUCCGCCCAUGGAGCUGUCCUGGGGCCUGGGCCCUUGCAAGAAGGAACGUGGGGGUAAGGGCAGUUGGCCGGGCUAGGGGAACCCAAAGGCUCCUGAAAGGUCUGGAAUAAAGUCUGACUGAGCAGAAGCCUGGA